CAGUUGAGCCAGCGGGAGGCUGGAGGCAGGAUUGCAGCCCCUCCCACUCCUGCGGGGGGAGGAACCGUCCACCCGGCAGCCUCGGCGGCGGGCGUUCUGUCGCUCUAGCAACCAGCCCUGAACCGGACGGCUCGAGAACCCGCGCGUGGUUCCCUCACGCCCCGCACCAAGGCUGGCGCUGGUCGGCCGGCGGGGGGCGGCACUUUAGAAAAGCCACUUACAAGAAUAUAUGGAAUUCUUAGGGAUAUCAAACCAGUUUCGGUGAAAAUUUGGCUAAUUACAGAAUUAUGGUUCGACUAACAGUGGAUCUAAUUGCUAAAAGCAUCAAUCACAAAAACCGCAAAGAAGAGUCCCUGGCACAGUACCUGAGAAAGAUAACUCACCUGAACUUAUCAGAUAAAAAUAUUGAUACAAUUGAUGACCUCUCUUUGUGCAGAAAUCUUAAUGUCCUGUAUUUGUAUGAUAACCAAAUUAGACAAAUCCAUAACUUGGGCUUUGCUUCAAAUCUAACACACCUGUAUCUGCAAAACAAUUGCAUUUCAUGUAUAGAGAACCUCACAUCACUGAAAAAACUUGAGAAACUGUAUCUGGGAGGCAAUUACAUCACUGUAGUAGAGGGCUUGGAAACAUUUGAAGAACUGAGAGAGCUACAUGUUGAAAGCCAGCAGCUUCCUCUUGGAGAAAAGCUCUUGUUUGAUCCAAGAACUCUUCAUUCCCUGGCAGAAAGGGCCAGAAACAUGAGACCAGUCAUCUCUCCAUGGAUUACCAGCUAUUGUUUUGACGACCAGCAACGGUCCGUGGACCAGUGUUUGGGAAGUUUGGGGUUAUUAAUUGUGUGCACAGGAAGCAUACAGAAAUCUUUGUCAGUGUUGAAUAUCAGCAAUAACAAUAUAGAUGAACUGGGAGAAUUAGCACUUCUGGAAAAUAUUUCCCAUCUUAUAGCAGUUGACAACCAACUUCACCAUGUGAAGGAUUUGGAGUUUGUAUUGAACAAAUGGACCAAACUGUGCAGAAUGGAUCUUAAAGGGAAUCCUGUUUGCCGCAAACCAAAAUACAGGGACAGGCUUAUUAUACAGUCAAAAACUCUAGAAUCCCUUGAUGGGAAAGAAAUAAAAGAUAUAGAAAGACAAUUCCUAAUGAAUUGGAAAGCAUCCAAAGCCUCCAGGAAAAAAAGCAAGGAAGAGAGCAUGACAAAUGAGCAUGCAGCUUAUCCACAUUUCUAUGACUUUGAAACAGGCCAUCCCAUUGUUCCUGUUUAUUACAAUCCUUCUGGAAAAGGAAAACCAAAAUUUGUUAUUUUAUCUGAGCUACAUAGGUCUCCACAUAACAGAGAAGAACCUCUGCAAAGACCCCAGGAAGGAAGUAAUGUUAAUGUUAGCAAAAAAAUCAGGUACGUUCCCCUAAAAGUUCCUGGGUCCAAUGCUGCUGUGUACACUUGUAUGGCUCUCACUGAAGUAGUUGGAACUAAGUGUAUCUCAGGGCAGAAUUUAGCCUAGCUCAGUUUGAAUCCUUUUAUAUCAGGUCACAUUCAUAUGGUCUCUCUCUCUUUUUAAAAAAAAAAAAGAUGAUGGAUUGUAACUACUGGCUGUAAACCCCAGUAAAAAUUCAAAGCAGAAAUGAGUAAUGGUGAGUGAAAUGUCAGACAUAUUUAACUGUAGGAUGUUACCUCCACAAAGGUAUUACAGUACAGAACUGAACUCUUUGGAACAUGUGUGCUGCUAACUAUACAGAUAAAUAUUGAUACAGUGCUGCACAAUUACCUGGAGAGGGAGAAACAAUCAUUUUGCUUCAUCACUGUAGGUUAUUUCUUCUAACUAACAUAUUUCAGUAUGUUAUGCUACCAUAUAUGUUCAUGCUGCAAAAUACCAAACUAGACCCUUGGAGUAAUCAAAAAAGAAGAUCUUACCUAUCUGUUUCUCAUAGAUUUUUUUUUAAAUGGUAAAAUAAGUGACUUUAUUUCAUAGGGCCUAGUCCUACAACCUUUAUUCACACAUCCAUUCCUUAUUCAUGUGAGCAGUCCUGCUGAUUUCAGUGGAAUUGCUUCCAGGAAUAAUGCUUGCUCACAUGAAUAAGCUUUUU